UGUAAACAGAAAACCGUUAAAAAAAAAAGAGAUUGAAAAUAUGGAAUCUCAAACUACCUUAUUUUCUAAUAAUCAAAGUCAAGAGUUGUCUCCAGAGUUCUCUUCUUCAACAAGCUCAUGGAGCUCACAAGAAUCAUUCUUGUGGGAAGAGAGUUUCUUACAUCAAUCAUUCGAUCAACCCUACCUCUCAUUUAGCCCUUGUUAUAACUACUCUGAUGAUGACUUCUUCACAUUUGGAGCAUCAUCAAUCAUCAAGGAAGAAGAUGAAGAAGGAGCAACCGUCCAGACGGAAGAGGAGGAGGAGAGGGCAUACAGAGGAGUGAGGAAACGGCCAUGGGGAAAAUACGCAGCCGAGAUUAGAGACUCAAUGAGAAAAGGGAUCAGAGUGUGGCUCGGGACGUUCGAUACUGCCGAAGAGGCGGCUCUCGCUUAUGAUCAGGCAGCUUUCGCUUUGAAAGGCAGCCUCGCCGUACUCAAUUUCCCUGUCCAAGUCGUUAAGGAGUCUCUCCAGAAGAUGGAGAAUGUGAAUUUCAACGAUGGAGAGUCUCCUGUCAUAGUCUUGAAGAGAAAGCACUCCAUGAGAAACCGACCUAGAGGAAAGAAGAAGUCUUCUUCUUCUUCUUCUUCUUCUUCUUCUUCUUCUUCUUCUUCGUUGUCGACGAGUUCUUCUUCUUCCUCAUACUCGUCUUCUUCAUCAUCUUCUUUGUCGUCAAGAAGUAGGAAACAGAGUGUUGUUAUGAAGCAAGAAAGUAGUACAACGCUUGUGGUUUUUGAGGAUUUGGGUGCUGAAUACUUAGAAGAGCUUUUGAGAUCAUGUUCAUGAUCAUAUCUACUUGUACGAUUUCAUGAAAUUUGAGUGUGCUCUGUUUUUUUUCUUAAUUAUAUAGCUUUUUUUUUAACC